AUGAGAGCAUUUCAUUUUUCAUGGCUUUCAUUUCUUACGGCAUUUACAGGCUGGUUCGCAAUUGCACCCCUCAUGCCAUCUAUUAGAAAAGAUCUCAAGUUAACACCCGAUCAAAUUGCUGAUAGUAAUAUAUCAAGCGUUUCUUCCACAAUCAUUUUCCGUGUUUUGGUUGGACCAUUAUGUGACCGCAUUGGACCAAGACGUGUUAUGUCCGUAUUACUCAUGGUAGGCGCUAUACCUGUGGGCCUUAGUGGUUUGGUACAGAGCGCUGAAGGAUUAAUCGCUGUACGUUUCUUUGUUGGAAUCCUUGGUGCAACAUUUGUUCCUUGUCAAUUCUGGACGACUCAAAUGUUUAAUAGUAAUGUGGUUGGAAGUGCUAAUGCUUUAGUAGGAGGUUGGGGAAACAUGGGAGCUGGUAUUACUUACGUAUUAAUGCCUUUAAUCUUUGAUGCCUUCUUUGUUACUGCCGGUAUAAGCGAAUCAUUAUCAUGGCGUGUCACUCUAAUAUUUCCUGCUCUCCUUUGCUUUGUUAUUGGAUUAUGCGACUUUCUUUUCACUGUUGAUUGUCCACAAGGUGAUUGGCUUCACCCCACCACUGAAACUGCUUCGGAAGUUCAUAAAGCCACUUCAGAUAAGAAAGAUGAUAUUAGGAGCAUUGACGAGACAGAAAAACAAGCUCAUCAUCAAGCACCACCAAGGCCCGGCAUGAAACAAUUCUUAUUGGCACUUAAGGAUCCAAACGUUAUCAUUUUAAUGUUCAUGUACGCUUGUUCUUUUGGUGUAGAACUUGCCGUAGAUAAUGUUUUGGCGGUUUUCUUUCAUGACCAUUUUAAUAUUUCACAAAAAAGUGCCGGUUUAAUCGGUUCACUUUUUGGUUUGAUGAAUUUAUUUUCACGUGCUACUGGAGGUUUCAUUUCUGAUUAUGCAAAUGAAAAGAUGGGAAUACGUGGUAGAAUGCUUGUACAAUUUAUUGUAUUAUUAUUGGAGGGUUUAUUCUUGCUUAUAUUCCGAUUUAGCUUGCAUAAUUUAGGAGAAGCAAUUGUCAUUUUAAUCAUAUUCAGUUAUUUCACUCAGGCAUGUUGCGGUACGUCUUUUGGUAUUGUGCCUUUUGUGGACCCCGCAAUUGUGGGAGCUAUAUCAGGCUUGAUCGGUGCCGGAGGAAACAUUGGUGGCGUAGCAUUCAACGCAGUAUUCAAACUUUAUUCAGGUGGUGACACCCCAAUUGGGUUUAUGGUACUUGGCAUCGUAGUAAUGGUAGUUUCAUUUUCAACAUUUUUAUUAAAAAUUGAUGGAAGAAGAUUGAUUGAAUUUAAAAAAUCAUACUCUUGA